CGCUUAUUUUUGGGAACGAAGCUCAGAGCAGAAAUAAUAGCCGUCGCGUUGAGUUGCCGGAAACCCAGUUUUGGAUGCUGCCUUUUCGGACCAUGAACUCCCGCGAUCUUGCCCUCGUCUCCACAGCUGCUGUACUGGGUGCCUUCACUUCAGCUCUUGCUUGUCGCUUCUUCUUCAAUCCUAAAAAGCACCGUCCUCAGUGUGAUCUGUCCAGAAAUGGCGCUCUCUUGAACAACGGACCCUCACAGUGUCCUUUUGAUCCUUCCAAACGAAAAGGAUUUCUGUCUUGGGAUGACUAUUUCAUGGCUAUUGCAUUUCUGUCGGCUGAAAGAUCGAAGGAUCCCAAUCGGCAGGUUGGUGCUUGCCUGGUUAGUCAAAAUGGUGUAAUUCUUGGCAUAGGAUAUAAUGGGUUUCCAAGAGGAUGCUCUGAUGACCAGCUUCCUUGGGCAAAGAAAUCAAAAACCAACAAUCCUUUGGAGACAAAGUAUCCUUAUGUCUGUCAUGCUGAAGUCAACGCCAUCCUAAACACAAAUCAUGCUUCGGCCAGUGGACAGAGGCUUUAUGUGACCAUGUUUCCUUGCAAUGAAUGUGCAAAAAUAAUCAUUCAGUCUGGCGUCUCUGAGGUCAUUUACUUUGUUGAGAAGAGGAUAAACAAUUCAAAUGUUGCAUAUGUUGCUUCUCACAAAUUGCUAUCAAUGGCUGGUGUAAAAGUGAGAAAACAUCAACCUCUUUCAAAUCAGAUUCUGAUUAAGUUCGAGGAUCCUCGUACGUGAAAAGUAUUCUUUCUUGCGUCUGAAUUCCAUUCCACGUUCUUGUUCAACAUUGGAAUUGGAUGCUCGAAAUGUUUAAUCGAUUUGAUUCCAUAUGUUGACCUGUACGGGACCAGUAAAAAUGCCUCUACGGGAUAGGAGCAGCCAAAAAUAUAGUACUCAGUUUCUAUUUUAUUACAGUUAAAUGCAGGAGGGAACAAACGUAGAAUAUGUUUGAAAAUGAAGAAUAACAUCAUUAUCCAAUUUGAUAAUAUGUGGUAUAGCGUUGGUGAUUGUAAAGUAUUUGAGCUUUGCUAUUGGUAUUAAUUUAACAAGGGUGAGGCUCACCUAUUACCAAUGUUACCAACA